ACCGUAAAAUAUAUGUAAAUCGAGGCUACAAGAGUAGAGUACAGGGCCCAAUAAAAAAAAAAUAUAAAUUUAUAAAAUAAUUUGCGAAACUAAGCUAUAAAGGUCCAGACCUUUUGGCUGGGCUUUCUGAACAGACACUUUCAUAUAUCGCGGUAAAUGAAGGCACUCGUCGGUAACCGGUGUAUGGCAGAAAAUCUUGUCGAUACAGAAUGGCCUCCUUCUUGAAUGUAGCUUUAAUAACCAUGUGACUCGUAACGAUCAAGCUCUGGAAUCGAACUCGUGUUCUUGUGGAAAGCUAGAGUCGAAAAACCGCCAGCUGCACGGAAAUGGCACUCUUCUGUACACGAGAUUGUAAUGUAUACAAGGGAACAGUGGUCGUUUAUGGUUUUUUGGUCUUCGUUCUUGCAACUUCGUUCACGCGGUGAACCUUCCUAGCUAAAAGUGAACCAACAUGGCUUACGAGAUGUGUCUGUAUUCCAGAGAAAUUCCAAAGAUGGCGCGGAGCGUCCAGCCGACUUUUGGUCUCGUCCCUUCUACGUUUCAUGUUUUUGAAUUUUUUAUCUUCCGGGUUUCAUUUUUUCAGGCCGAACAGGGAUGCCUUUGGCGCUCUUGAAAAAGUACCGCGAUGCCCCGAAUACGCCGGCAGUGCACGUUUUGAAUAUUACAAGAACGCAUAUCUUUGGCUAUCACUCCAUUUUUGAAAACGUGCACUUUCUUGGGGCUAUAUUUUUUACAAGGUUUUGUACUAAAUUUUUAGUCAUACCUGCAUGCACCUAUCUUUCGUGAACGCAGUACUCUUUCUUUAAUAUGCUCGGAUGCCUCUCUUUUUUGAGCAAGUAUUUUUCCCCUAACGACGAGGGUAAGACGUAUCAAGACAGGCAGACAUGGGGACCCUACGUCACGUCGGAAUACAUAUUGUAUAUUACCAACCCCUUAUCUAGUAAGCGAGGAGUCGAAAGUGCUAAUGCUAGCGGUGAUCAGAACGAAAAAAGCCAAUCUUCUCAGACCAAGUCUAAGACCAGCUUGUUUUUGUUAUUAUACACAUUAUCUGGCCGCUAUUGUAGAGUUAUCUACUUUCAAAAGAACACGAAAUCGGCUUUGGAUCUGUUACAGAAAUUCAAAACUCGUUCCUGGGCGAUAAAUCUAGAAGAUGUACGUUUGAACUCUUUUCUGGUCAACGGUUCGAUCACUGGCUGAAUAACGCGGCAGCGCGCAUGAGACCUAGUCAGAGAGAGCGAUCAUGUAUGGCGCGAAGUCAGAAGCUGAAAUACGCUCGAAAAGCCGAGACUAUAUGUCCUAUGAAAAGAAGAGAAACGCGCACACACAAAAAAGUGAAUAUGCAGAGAGGACAUUAUAAGGGGAGUUAACUUGAAUGUUGGCUGCUUGAUAUUGUACUUGUGUAUUGCCGUUCAUUCAGAUUUGAACAUUAACAGACUUUGUGUCGGAUACAGACAUCGAUGGUGACCAUAAAGUUUGAAAAAACCCCAUAUGAGAUUCAACUGAAGGCACUGGACAGAAAUGUGAAAUUGAACAUAGACUUGAUAGAGAUAGAACUGCGAAACUUGAAUGAAUAUCUAGAAAAAUUGCAAAACCUUCAGAAACAAGCUGAGGCGGUAAAAUUCGUGCCAAGCGCGCCUUCAAAGGAAAAGGCGCCAGAACAGCAAUUUGAUUUUGAUUUAGCAAUUAAAUUUCUUGAUGAUUUGUUCUUGAAAAUAUCGCAUCUUUUGGGGUUCAUAGAAUCAGACGCGUUUUGCGAUUCUUCCCAAAAAAAGCACCGGCUAGACUUUCUGAAUGAUUGGAUCACCAGAGCGUUUUUGUUCGCUGAUUGUCUGAUUUUGCCGAGAAACCAAAACGGUGAUGGCCCAGACAAUAUCGCUAGAAUGCGUAGAAAGAGUUUGAUAAACGCUGGGUACAAAUUGAGUGAGAGAAUAUCCUUGAUUAGUUGUCGGAUUUAAAAUGUGUCGCGCUUAGAGGAAAUCUAUCGCUUCGGUCGAGCGACGUUUAAUAAAAUUGAUGUCGUUUUCAAAAAAAAACACGCCUAAAUAACGUGAUUUUUUCUGACGUCUAGACAGCGAACCCUUUCUCUGCUCUUUCCCGACAUGGAGAAUUACUCGAGUAAUUGCUCUUUACCGGCAAUAACCGUUCCCUAGUCAUCGCGAAAUAGAGAGCAGCGAAAUCCCCUUUAACUGGGACAUUUGAACAGAGAUUUGAAGUGCUAUAAAAAAAAAGUAAAUACCAUCUGAAGACUUAUUGAGAGUCACUUUCAUGACAGACUUCAAUAAGAAGACCGAUAAUACUUCGAUAACAACAAUCUGAUUUCGUUCAACGCUCUAUGCCUGCGUUGCUUAGCCGUUUGAAUGAUAAGGCUGCCGAGAAUAUGCCAGCUCCCGGUGCAAACUUGUUCAAACCCAAGAGGUUGGAUACAAAAUUUCACGUCCAAGUGAAGCCUAAUUGCAUGGAUAUGCUGACUCAGCCGCCCUCACCGCCCCCCUUCAGGGGCUCAGCGUAUUCAAAGGGCAGGCUGGAGGAGCUCAUUCCAUACACUGCCACCAACCAAAAGAAGACAUGCUUGAACAAGUUGAAGAAGGUUAAGGAAAGGGACCGACGUGACCAAAUUAGCCAGUGCAUCUUCUCCCUGAGACAGAUAAUACCGGAAUGCCAAAACAAGAAGAAGAUGAGUCGACUUUCAUUGAUGCUAGAGACCAUUGAUCACGUCAAAAAUCUAGAAAAUAAAAUAUACCUUUUGUGUAGUGAAAAUCAAAAGUUGAAACUCCAAAAUGAGUUGCUUAAAAAAUUUGUGCCUCCAAAUGCCUACCACAAAGACUCAGAUGCGAUGGAAGUAUUUCAAGAAAACGAAGCGUCACAAUCGGAGAUAGCGAAGCAAACAGCCGCGUGUAUGAUAGACGCCAAAUCCCAGUUGAAUAAGCAUAUCACGAGCUAUCAAACUGAAAAGGGUUUUUUUUCACUCGACUUAGAUCAAAAGACAGACAACAGUUGUUCAACGCAUCAGUCUACGAGUUCAGAUUCUCAAACAGAAUCGGCUGAAAUGCGAUCCCCACAAGAAUCGAAAGAAAACUUUGUUUACACUGAUUCUUCAUAUGCACCUGCUGACUACGAAUACAGCCAAACGGAAUUUUCCACGUAUCAACAGCCUCCUAAGAAAUACAAUGAUUUGUCAAACAAUCAAGAAUUGGCUGAGUUUAAUUAUAAAUCCCUCGAACCCCCUGACUUCAAACCAAAUAGGUGCUUCGAUUCCGAAAGCAAUUUCAACUCUACCCAUCAGUUUAUUGAUUGUCGCCAAUCAUAUCGGCCGACAGAGUAUACCGCCUAUCCUGUAGAUACAUAUCGUCCCGUUCAGUUGUCCAAAAACUCUUCUGAGCCCAUACCUGCAAAGUCUUUUCCUAACUACACUCAGUCCAAUUCCGCUAGUUCAGGAGUCCUUGAAUGUCCCGCUUCUUUUGUAGAUGGAUCUAAUUACCUUUACUCUGAGUCUCAGCUAUUUUGCUCUAAUUCUACCCUCGAUAACCAAUCCUGCUUUGAACAAUGUUAUUGCAAUUCCACAUAUUCAAACUCACCAAAAUUUCUACACACAGAGACAGGUGAAUUAGACAAACCCUCCAAGGAUGCCCUUAAAAAUGACGGACCAUCUUGCUCUUUGCUUUUUCCUCAACCCUACUCAAAGCCCGAUUGCUCUCAAGCCUUUCACUUCUCUGACUCCAAUGAGUCCAGAGACGAAUGUGUUCAUAACUCUGAUUUCGCUCCAAAUUGUUUUAUAGGCAUUCACAAUAACAAGGACAUGCUUUGUCCUCAGACUUUUGAAAAAUUGAUCCAAGAACCUUCUGAACAUCUAGAGUGGUCCCCCGAGCCUGCACUCAUCGGAGAUAUAGAAGACCUGGGCCCCUGGCCCCUAUAUUACAUGUCUUCCUCCUCGAUGCUAGCAAACGACAACGUGACUUCGGCCAUUCAAGGCGUCUCCGAGGACUCUCCUUGCAACUCCCCCAUCAACGAAUCGAGCACUGACUUUGUCGAAUUGGCCAUAGACAAAAAACCUACAAAACUCAAGCGCAAGAAAAAGGUUGGAUACAUCUAAGGUGUCAAAACCGAAUCUUGAAAAAAUUUCAAUUGCUCAAUCUGCACAGACAAAAUAAGAUCACCAUAUUGUAAAUAAAGCCCUCAGCAGGUUGUAUCAACCGUACGAUACAAAAUGCUCAUAACAAAUAACUACAUCAUAGCUUAUAAGUGAUGUUCGAUACUGCGACACAUCCUCAAAGUUAUAGCGGUUUCAAGAUGCGCCAAAAAGUGUGCCCUAUUCAUUAAGUGAAAUUUUUUCAUAUCUGAAGUCGUCACUUUGUCACCAUGUCUCUCCUCCCAACGACUCGCCUUCGGCACGCUACUUGGCCCUCCGCCUCGUACAGCGCCCACGCCCGCCGACGACGAGAAGAGCUUUAGCUCUUGGCUGCAGGGAUCAUCAAUUCCAGAAGUUCUCGAAGACGCUGGCUCAACUAUUCUGAGCGGCUGAAAUUCUUUGCGAUUCCAAACACCAAGCAUCAUCGACAAUACGUUCUCUCAAUCAUAACUGAACAACGAAUAGGGAAUUUUUGGUUUGAUAUCUGUCCAGGAGACAUGUCGUGCGUUCCUCGGUAUUUUGUGGGUUUUUCGGUACAUUAUUCUUUGUGUGCAAAGUAGCUGAGGCUUUUCAACCGUCAACCUCAUUCUACCAAGCCAAACUGGAAAGGCUGUCCCAGCGAAGGCCCGGUGUCGACGCAGGUACAACCCGCCUGGUAAAAUUGACCUCUCUUUAUCAGUUAAGGUGUGAUUCACACCAUGUACAAUAGAAGGACAUCGACUGUUGCUACAAUUACGUUCUUGACGUGCUACAAAAGAAUAAAAUUAUUUUGCGAUCGUAAAAAAAAUAGGAUUCUGACGCCAUUUUACGGGUUUUCGACUGUUGAAAGCACUCUUUUUCUACAUUUCGUCCCUCCUCAAUGCAUAAUGUUUGAUGAUGCGGACGCACCCGCUCCGAUCCAGCCAAAUUCGUAGUUCGAACACAGGCCUUCUUCCUGAUGAUGCCAUUUUCAGGACCGAUUGCUAGUCCGUACGCGACAUAGGAGGCACAGUCACUUCAAGUGCGCGAAUUCGGCAAAUCCUGGGGGAAAUGGACGAUUAGGCCGCUUUAGCUGGAUGACCGUUUUUUACGAACGAGGCUCUGGCAAAAGGGUGCAAUGAAAUAAAAAAGGAGACAAAAAAAAUAGAAAAAUUAGUACAUAGAACAAUGCGCCUGAUAGAACUCUAAUUGUAGAAAAAAAUUAUCGAAGAAAAAUCCAAAUGCAGCUCGCCAUCUUUCGUCAACUAUGCUAUCGCUUAAAAGAUUCGUAAACGCCUGUGAAGACGGCGGUAAUUCAUGUUCCUUUACGCGGGUGCUCGGCUUUAUUCAGACAAGAAAUGCGACCAAAAUGGCUGCAGGAAAGACCAAGAACGGAAGAGACAGCAGAGCGAAGCAUCUGGGUGAAAAGCGAUCACAGGGGGAAUUCGUAAGGCCCGGAUAUAUUUUGUAUCGUCAACGAGGGACAAAAUGCCUCCCAGGAAUAGGCGUCGGAAAGGGAAGAGAUUACACGCUUUUCGCGAAAACGGCUGGCUACGUGACCUAUUCGUACAGAGUUGUACCGAAGAGGCACCUACCGAGAGAGCAUUGGAAGGAACGAAAGUUUAUGAAUGUUGUAAGCGAAAAUCCGAACUCGAGAAUCAUACAAGACAUAAGGUGAGCCAGCUUAUAGAAUGACGACAGAACUAACGGAUAGACUCUCAGCAAUGUACAAAUCUAUCUUCAACCUGGCAAAUGGAUUAGAAAAAUGAACGCUUUUCCAUGACACCUCGUGUAGUAAUAAAACGUUCGU